CGUAAGGUACGCUUUAACAACUUGAAAAUUACUAACCUCGGUAUCAUCCGCAAGUUGUAUUUUUACUAGGUUAGACUCUUGCUGCCAUCUAAUAUCGACGAAUCUUCUACAAAUGACACCCGCCCAUGCAGAUUUAAGGGAGUCGCUUAAAGGGAUUUAUGUUUUUUCCGUUUUAUAAGCGCCGGUCCUCUAUUCGUGGAACACCUGAGCGCGGUGGCAGUGACGCAACCCGCAACCCGCAAAAGAGCAGGUCGACGUAGCAUCAGGAGAUCUACCUUAUCUAUAAUUGGAGGAAAUACCAGCCACUUAAUCAUUGCAUGCUACCUCGAAUCUAGAAAACGGAUGUCAACUGAUGAGGGGUCAGACCGUUUAGUGGUGGGGAUCCCUCGUGAAUAGUGUCAAAAUGGUCGACAGAAAAAAUGGUAUGCUACCGGGGGAGGGCCAAGGUGAAGGCGGAUCUGGCCAGGCACGGCAUGGGUUUAAAAGCCCACGAUGUUGCUGUCCUGUCGAGGUGGCUUGCUUGAGCUUGUUUCUCAUCACAGAAGUGCCCAAUAGGUAGAAGAGACCCAACAUGUUCUCACGACGAAGCCGCCAACGCGCUCUAGGCCUUGUUGCCUCGAGCACCCUUGUCGCCGCCGGGCCCUGCGACAUCUACUCUUCUGGCGGCACACCCUGUGUUGCUGCGCACAGUACCACCCGCGCCCUGUACAGUUCCUACACGGGCGGGCUCUACCAGGUGCAACGCGGCUCCGACAGCGCAAAGACGGACAUCUCGCCGUUGACUGCCGGCGGUGUCGCCAAUGCCGCCACUCAAGACACCUUCUGCGCCAACACAACCUGCCUCAUCACCAUCAUCUACGACCAGUCCGGCAACGGCAACCACCUGACCCAGGCUCCGCCCGGCGGCUUCCGCGGCCCGGGACCUAACGGCUACGAUAAUCUGGCAAGCGCGAUCGGCGCCCCGGUUACCCUAGAUGGCAAGAAGGCAUACGGUGUGUUCGUCUCCCCGGGCACGGGUUACCGCAACGACGAAACGACCGGCAUAGCCACGGGCGACGGCGCAGAGGGCAUGUACGCAGUCCUCGAUGGUACUCACUACAACGGACAGUGCUGCUUCGACUACGGCAACGCCGAGACGAACAACAAGGACACGGGCAACGCGCAUAUGGAAGCCAUCUACUACGGUAGCUGCACGAUCUGGGGCACCGGCUCUGGCAGCGGGCCAUGGGUGAUGGCGGAUCUAGAGAACGGGCUGUUCUCCGGCGUCAGCGCAGGCCGCAACACAGCCGACCCGUCUCUCUCCUCGCGCUUCGUCACCGCCGUUCUCAAGGGCAAGUCGAACCAAUGGGCGAUCCGCGGCGCCAACGCAGCAUCGGGAUCCUUCUCGACAUAUUACAGCGGCGCGCGCCCGCGCGGCUACAACCCCAUGCACAUGGAAGGCGCCAUCAUCCUCGGCAUCGGCGGCGACAACAGCAACGGCGCGCAGGGCACCUUUUACGAGGGCGUCAUGACCGACGGCUACCCCUCCGACGAAACCGAGAACUCGGUGCAGGCCAACAUCGUCGCGGCCAAAUACGCCACCACAUCGCUGACCAGCGGCCCCGCGCUGAAAAUCGGGUCGUCCGUAAAACUGCAAGCCACCACAGCCGGGUACACGACACGGUACCUCGCACACACAGGGUCGGCAGUGAACACACAAGAAGUGACGUCGUCGAGCAGCGCAACGCUGAAGCAGCAGGCGAGCUGGACGGUGCGCGCGGGGCUGGGGAACAGCGCGUGCUUCUCGUUCGAGUCGGUCGACACGGCGGGGAGUUACCUGCGCCACUACAACUUCGAGCUGCAGGUCGGCGCGGGCGACGGCACGAAGCAGUUCAACGAGGACGCGACGUUCUGCACGCAGCCGGGCCUCAAUGGCCAGGGCAGCUCUAUCCGCGCUUGGGGGUACCCGACGCGGUAUGUUCGACACUACGAUAAUGCUGGGUAUGCGGCGAGUAAUGGUGGCGUGCAGACUUUCGAUGCUGCGUCGUCGUUUAAUGAUGAUGUUAGUUGGCUGGUUGGCGCGGGGUUUGUCUAGGGAUGUGUGUGGUUGGUUGUUGGGGUGCGAGCUCGCGAUUUGGGGGGGCGUGGGGAUGUUUUUAUGGUGUUGUCAUCGCUAGUUGGUAUAUAAGAUGAUUGAAUAAAAUGUGAAUAAUUCAA